GCCAUAAGUGUUGCUAAUGGUAUGGAAGACAAGUUGCUUCCCUCUCAUUUUAAUUUGCAUAAUCAAGGGGAUCUGCAUAAGAACAGUCUGGAGGAUACGUUUACAGGGGGUGAAAGGGUGCAACGAUUGGUCUGCAUUCUAAAGCAAUCAAUGGAGCAAGUAGCCGUAACCACCCAGCGUGGGUUACAGCUGUUUGGGUCGGUUAGAUACAUUUCUGGCGGUAACAUUGUAACGUUUGCCGGGGCUUCUCUCGUUUUCCUGUGGUUGUUGGUGGAAAUAUGGACCGUAACGUCUGCAAUGUUCAGUGUAACCAGUUCCGAAUGGUGUAUGUCAAUAUAGCAAAUCACUACAGUCUUCCCAGCUAUGACCCCCAGUAUCAAAGUACGCCAAAAUCAAAGGGUGGACGUUCCCUCGGCUACUCCCCUGCCCCACCCUCCACUGCUGCCUCCAGCUACCGCUCCCCCAGUCCUAACAGGGGAACUCCCCCCAAGGGCAGGUCCAACAGCCCAACCCGCAUGUACAAUGGAUCUCCCCCUAGACAGAACUAUGUGACUGAUCUGGAGCGUUCCACAAUAGAGAAGCAGAGGAAAGAGCUGCAGCUGCUGAUUGGUGAGCUGAAGGACCGUGACCGGGAGCUGAACGACAUGGUGUCGGCGCACCAGAAGCAACUGGCCUCGUGGGAAGCCGACAGACAGCGUGUACUGACACUCGAGCAGAGGUGCUCCAGACUAGAAGGAGAUUUGCGGAACCGUUCAGAAGAGCUGAAGCACAUGCACACCCAGAUCAAAGUGGUGGAGUCCCAGGACCAGUCCAAGUCAUGCGCCCUGGAGAGUACCCAGGCACAGCUGGUCAAGGAGACAGAGAGGGCCAGUCAGGCAGAGAUGAGGGUGGAGAUGCUGCAUGAAAAGAACGAGAGUCUGAACACGUCCUUACGGGACAUCUCGACCAACCUGGGACACCUGGAGGCACGUGAGCAAGAGUUAGCCACCCUGCUACAGCUGAAGGACAAGGACCUCAUGGAGGCAUCCUCACACAUCACGGAGAUGAGCGCCAAGCUGAAAAGACUGGACCUCACAUGUCGGGAAUGUCAGAAAGUGGAGUCUAACCUGAGGAGGGAGAUGGCCGAGUGGAAGAGUAAAUAUGCAGAGUCCAGGAAAGAGAUUGACAGGUUCAAAGAGGAAAUGACAAAACAGCAGGCAGAUGUAGAAGCUGUACAGGACAACCUCAGACGGGCACAGAACGAGUUAGAAGCAGCCAAGAAGGACCUGAUAUUGUCAGCGGAAAGAGAGAAGAGGAAAGAUCAGCUGCUAGAACUGCAGAGGUCCAAACAGGAGAGGACGGAUCAGGAGUUAGCCAGUCUUAGACAGAUAUAUGAGCGGCAGCAGAGAGACAUUGCUUUGUUACAACUCAACCUGGACAACUCUAAAGACAGGCUCAGGAGCUCAGGAGGUGAACUUGAGCUGAGUGGUCCCAGAAGAAGCUCCUCCCCCUACAGACCGUCCCUGUCUCCCCGCAGCAGUCCAGUCAGACCGCUCCCCUCACCGACACGAGGGAACCCGGGCCACGAUAACGCUCAGGACGGGAACAGCUCGCUGAACAGAUCCUCAGAUAACGACAAUCUCAGCAUUAAUGAUCUUGAAACAGCCUCCCCAACCAGUAAGCUGCACCGACUGUUAGAGGAGUCUCGGCAGAUGGUUGCCAAUCUAGAGGAGCACACCACACUGCCCCUCCCUCCUAACACAAGCAAACAGAUGACAGAAGAGGGUGAGGCUGAAGAAGAAGGAACACAAGAAAAUGGAGAAAUAUGAGGACAACAAUUUUACAGACAAAAUUGACCAUCAUACUCACAGAUGUAGAGAAAUUUUUCAAUGAUGUCAUCUUUUU